AUGGCAAACGGCCACAGCAGGCGUCAGCCCCAGCCCGGGGACCUGAUCGAGAUCCACCGGCCAACUUACCAGCACUGGGCCCUCUACCUGGGGGAUGGGUACAUCAUCAAUGUGGUGCCUCCAGAUGGUGUUUCCAGUGCCAAGUCAGUGUUCACCGGAAGGGCCUGGGUGAGGAAGCAGCUCCUGAAGGAAGCGGUGGGAAACGACAGGUACUGCAUCAACAACAAGUACGAUGCCAUCUACACUCCCCUCCCGCUGAAGGACAUCAUCCGGCGUGCUGAGCGCUUAAUUGACCGGGAGGUGUGCUACGACGUGCUCACCAACAACUGCGAGCACUUUGUGACGAUGCUCCGCUAUGGCAAGCCUGACUCCGAGCAGGUCACCCGAGGGGUCACUAUCGCUGGUAUUGUAACAGCUGUCGUCGGUGCCUUCGCCUUGGUGGGCUUGGCCUUGAGCAGACCCAAAGAGAGACACCACUGA